AUGGAAAACGGCAGGGUGGUGAAGCUCGAGUUGGAAGAUUUUGACUUGACUGGAGUGGUGCCGGCUGAGCUUGGGCGCCUGAGCGCGCUGAGGAAGUUGAGCCUCCACGGCAAUGAGCUGACGAGCCUGCCGGCGGAGAUCGGCCAGCUCACGUCGCUGGAGGGGUUGCGCCUCUUCGGCAACCAGCUGACGAGCGUGCCGGCGGAGAUUGGGCAGCUCACGGCGCUGAGGGAGUUGAGCCUCGCCGCCAACCGACUGAUGAGCGUGCCGGCGGAGAUCGGGCAGCUCACGUCGCUGAGGGAGUUGAAUCUCAACAGUAAUCAGCUGACGAACGUGCCGGCGGAGAUCGGGCAGCUCACGUCGCUGGAGGGGUUGCGCCUCUACGGCAAUCGGCUGACGAGCGUGCCGGAGGAGAUCGGGCAGCUCACGUCGCUGGUGGUGUUGGUGCUCGGCGGCAAUCAGUUUACGAGCGUGCCGGCGGAGAUCGGGCAGCUCACGGCGCUGAGGGAGUUGAGGCUCGACGGCAAUCGGCUGACGAGCGUGCCGGCGGAGAUCGGGCAGCUCACGUCGCUUGGGGAGUUGAGCCUCAGCGGCAAUCAGCUGACGAGCGUGCCGGCGGAGAUCGGGCAGCUCACGUUGCUGAAGGGGUUGGAGCUUUACUACAAUCAGCUGACGAGCCUGCCGGCGGAAAUCGGGCAGCUCACGUCGCUGGAGCAUUUGUUGCUCGACAACAAUCAGCUGACGAGCGUGCCGGCGGAGAUACGCGAGCUCAGAGCGGCGGGCUGCCGCGUGGAUCUGGAUGACGGCCACUGGGAAGGGGUGACGAUGGAAAACGGCCGGGUGGUGAAGCUCGAUUUGGUUGAGUUUGGCCUGAUUGGAGCCUUGCCGGCUGAGGUUGGGCGCCUGAGUGCGCUGAGGUGGUUGCAGCUCGGCGGCAAUAACCUGACGAGCGUGCCGGCGGAGAUCGGGCAGCUUACAUCUCUGAUGACGUUUGGCCUCAGCGACAACAAGCUGACGAGCGUGCCGGCGGAAAUUGGGCAGCUCACGUCGCUGGAGGUGUUGUACCUCGACCACAAUCGGCUGGCGAGCAUGCCGGCGGAGAUCGGGCGGCUCACGUCGCUGACGACGUUGUUCCUCAGCAGCAAUCGGCUGACGAGCGUGCCGGCGGAGAUCGGGCAGCUCACGUCGCUGAAGGGGUUGCACCUCAGCCGCAAUCAGCUGACGAGCGUGCCGGCUGCGAUACGCGACCUCAGAGCGGCGGGCUGCCGCUUGGAAGAUUGUGACUUGACUGGAUUGUUGCCGGCUGAGAUUGGGUGCCUGGGCGCGCUGAGGUUGUUGCAGCUCGCCGGCAAUGAGCUGACGAGCGUUCCGGCGGAGAUCGGGCAGCUCACCUCGCUGGAGGUGUUGGAGCUCAGCCGCAACAAGCUGACGAGCGUGCCGGUGGAGAUCGGGCAGCUCACGUCGCUGGAGAGGUUGUACCUAAGCAGCAAUCGGCUGACGAGCUUGCCGGCGGAGAUCGGGCAGCUCACCUCGCUGAAGAGGUUGUACCUCGACCACAAUCAGCUGACGAGCGUGCCGGCGGAGAUCGGGCAGCUCGCGGCGCUGCAGUGGUUCGACCUCCAACGCAACGAACUGACGAGCGUGCCGGCGGAGAUCGGGCAGCUCCUCAGAGGCCGCCUUAGAUCUUGGAACGUGGAUGACGGCGUGACGGUGGAUGAGUGA